AUUCGCACGCAUACAGAUUACUAUUUGCUGGAGAGAACGAAUGAACGAACACACAAAAGAAAAAUAGUAGUUUUCUAUACGAAUCGACGCCCAACCCAGCCCAAAAAAAAAGAAAGAUCAUAUUUGUUGCCGUUUUCAAUCCAAAAACCAAUUUAAAGCGCUUUGUCAGCUAACUCGUUCGGUAUGCAAACCAUCAAGUGUGUGGUCGUUGGGGAUGGCGCUGUGGGCAAGACCUGCCUCCUAAUCUCAUACACAACCAACAAAUUUCCAUCGGAAUAUGUGCCAACUGUAUUCGACAAUUAUGCGGUUACCGUGAUGAUUGGCGGCGAGCCAUAUACGCUCGGAUUGUUUGAUACGGCCGGACAGGAGGAUUACGAUCGUCUGCGUCCGCUGUCAUAUCCGCAAACGGAUGUAUUUCUCGUCUGCUUCUCGGUGGUCAGUCCCAGUUCGUUCGAGAACGUUAAGGAGAAGUGGGUGCCUGAGAUAACGCACCAUUGUCAGAAGACGCCGUUCCUGCUGGUUGGCACACAAAUCGAUUUGCGCGACGAGACGAGCACAUUGGAAAAGCUGGCGAAGAACAAGCAGAAGCCAAUCACAUCGGAGCAGGGCGAGAAACUGGCCAAGGAGCUGAAGGCCGUCAAAUAUGUGGAAUGCUCGGCUCUCACACAGAAGGGCCUGAAAAAUGUGUUCGAUGAGGCCAUACUCGCUGCUUUGGAGCCACCAGAGCCAACCAAGAAGAGGAGAUGCAAAUUCCUCUAAGAGUUUCUCUGUUUUGUUUGUUGUCAUUUCGCUUGUUUUUUAUUUCUUCUUCUUCGUCCUUAAAACAAACAAAUUGCAAUAUGCUAACUAUACAUAUACACGUAUAUAUAUCCAUAUAUCUUUUAUACAUAUAUGUAUAUAUAUAUAUAUAUAUAUAACAUUAUGUAUGUAUGUAUUCCCCCGCGCCCCUUUUAAAUUGUAUUAAUCGAUAUACUCGCUUCAAAACCUCAGCUUAAAGUGCGUUUGCCAAUCCUCAAAUUAUGAUUUAAAUUAUAUGUUUCGUUGUUGCCCCCUU